AUGGCCUCUAACAACCCCGACUCGAGCGCAACCCAAUCUGCCGUUUCGGAAGACCCCAAGGCGGACGUCAACGCCGCCGUCGAGGAGCUGCUCAACACCAUCUCCAACAAGUUCGCCGGAGUGUCCAGUGAGAUUUUCGCAAAGAUGGACGAGAUGUCCCGCCGCCUGGACAACCUGGAAGCGGCUCUGUUGGCCAACAAGGACAAGGAGGGCGGCCCGCCCAAGUCGUCUUAG